AAUAGGAUGCGUUUUGUCAAUAAAGUUAUUUAAAACGCAAAAUUACGCUUGUCACUGCUAUUGCCUUACUAUGCUGAGAAUAUAGUACGUUAUUUUUGGAAUGACUGUGGUAAACUUUUCUGUGUUAUAACAUACUUACGCCUGAAAUUGUUAUCAGUUGCACGAUACUGGAUAUUACGAAGGGACGAAAUGUUUUCUCUAGGAACAAAAAAAGUCACUUUAUUCAUUUCCAUCGCUGCAACGUUGCUUCUAAGAGUACGGCUAACGGAAAGUUCACCAUCGUAUGAAACAUCGCAGAUUUUACAAGACACACAGAGUAACACCACUAGUUCUGAUGGGGAUGCUUGCAGUUCGAAUCCAUGCUUGCACGGGACAUGCUUUGGAAAUGGGACAGAAUACCAUUGCUUUUGUCUUUCUGGAUUCACUGGGACAAAUUGCGAAACAACUCUUGAUGCAUGUAGUACUAAUCCUUGUCUGAGGGGUAUAUGCCUCCAUCAUCACACAGACUAUUAUUGUGUUUGUCCCUCGGGGUACACUGGUAAAAACUGUGAUUCAACUAUAAACGCAUGUAAAUCUAAUCCUUGCGAGAGAGGCGUUUGCUACCACUAUCACACACAAUUCCGCUGUGUCUGCCCUCCAGGCUACUCUGGCAAACAAUGUGAAAUAGAUAACAACGAAUGUUUCUCACAUCCAUGUAUGAACGGGGGAACUUGUGUUGAUGAAAUAGCAAACUUCUCGUGCAACUGCAUAUCGGGAUUUACCGGAGAUCAUUGUCAGACAGACAUUGAUGAAUGUUCAUCCAGCCCAUGCCUCAAUGGUGGUGUAUGUAAUGACGGAAUAAAUCGAUAUGUCUGUCAGUGUCCGACAGGGUAUGGCGGUGACAUUUGCCAAAAGGUGACUUAUCCGUGUAAAUACAACCCUUGUGUCAGAGGCACGUGCUUUGCUCACUUGUCGCAAUUCAUCUGCGAGUGUCCUUCAGGAUAUACUGGAAAACUCUGUGAAACUACCAUAAAACUGAUGCUCUAUGGACCUAAGGAAGUGUUUAUCACGUUACCGGCUGGGAACCAGUUGAACUUAAACUGUAGUGUCUCUCGUAGCGGGUACAAUACCAAUUUCAAAUGGUCAAAGAGAAGAGACUGUGGUGGAUCCUUCAGCUCACGAUAUCAGAUACCACAUACAAAUAUUGGGGAUGCAGGAACAUACGUUUGCGAAGUUUCCUAUCGGCAUGAACCUUCUGUGAUGAAAGUCUUCCAUGUAGAUAUACCAUGGCAAUCGGAGACAUGUAAUUUCGAAGAUAACUCGUUGUGUGAAUGGAAUGAACGUGGGUCUAGUAUUUCCUGGAGUCAACAGUAUGGCAGAACCCAAUCCAGUGACAGUGAGCAAUGGAACGAUCAUACACUUGGAACAUCAAACGGUGGUUAUAUGCAGGUUGAUGCAACUUCGCAAAGAGAUGAUGACAGAACUGCUCUUCUCACGUCACAUGCUUUUCCAGCUGGUCGUACGAUUUGCUUUGAAUUUUGGUAUCGGAUAUCUGGAGAAGGACAUGGAAUGUUAUCUGUGAUCUUGAAGGACACUUGUUUGAGUAAGGAAACAGAAUUGUUAAAAUUCACUGAGGACCAGGGUCGAAAGUGGAACAAGGCGACUGUCAGUGUAUUGCAAACUUUGGUUCCAAAUGACUACAGCAUAAUCCUAAAAGCUGACAUUAGACGCUCAUUCCAUGGUACCAUGGCUGUAGAUGAUGUACAAUUCAGUAAGGGACACUGUCAAGAUUGAGAGAAAAUGUUCAAACAAAAUCAUGCAUUCAAGAUGAUACACUCAACAAAUUGCAUUUCUGUAAAGGACUGUAUGCUGUAUAUUAGUUUGUUGUUUUUAGCUCACCUGAGCCAAAGGCUCAGGGUGAGCUAUUAUGAUCGCUCACCGUCCGGCGUCCGUCCGUCCGUUGUCCGCCCGUCCACACUUUCCUUUAAACAACAUCUCCUCCUAAACAACUAGACCAAUUUUGAUGAAACUUCACAGGGAUGCAUAUGUUUCUUGGAUAGUCUUCUUUGACAAUUGUUCAAAGAAUUGAAUUCCAUACAGAACUCUGGUUGCCACGGCAACCGAAAGGAAAAAACUUAAAACAUCCUCUAGUCCAAAACCACAGGUCAUAGGGAUUUUAUAUUUGGUUUGUAGCAUCAUCUAGUGGUCCUCUACCAAGGUUGUUCAUAUUAUUCCCCUAGAGUCAAAUAUGGCCCCGCCCUGGGGCACAUGGUUUACAUAGACUUAAACAAUGUAUAUAGAGAAAAAUUUGAAAACCUUCUUGUUCAAAACCACAAGGCAUAGAGCCUCAAUAUUUGGCAUGUGACGUCAUCUAAUGGUCCUCUAUAAAGUUUGUUCAAAUUAUGCCACUGGGGUGAAAAGAGGCCCAGUCCCGGGGGUCCCAAGUUUUACAUAGACUAAUAUAGGAAAUUUUUUUAAAAAAAAUUCUUGUCUGAAACCAAAUAACCUAGGCCUUUGAUAUUUGGUAUGUAGCAUUGCCUUUUGGUUCUUUACCAAAACUGUUCAAAUUAUGCCCCUGGGGUGAAAAGAGGCCCCGCCCCGGGGGUCCCAAGUUUUACAAAGAUUUAAAGAGGAAAAUUGUUUAAAAAUCUUCUUGUCUGAAACCACAAGACCUAGGCCUUUGAUGUUUGGUAUGUAGCAUUGCCUUGUGGUUCUCUACCAAGAUUGUUCAAAUUAUACUCCUGGGUUGAAAAGAGGCCCCGCCCCGCGGGUCCUAAAUUUAACAAAGACAUAUAGGGAAAAAAAAUAAAAAUCUUCUAGUCUGAAACUGCAAGGCCUAGGCUUUUGAUUUUUGCUAUCUUGCAUUGCUUAGUGGUCCUUACAAAGAUUGUUAAAAUUAUGCCUCUAGGGUAAAAAGAGGCCCUGCCUAGGGGGUCCCAAGUUUUACAUAGACUUAAAUAGGAAAAAAAAUCUUCUUGUCUGAAACCACAAGACCUAGGCCUUUGAUGUUUGGUAUGUAGCAUUGCCUUGUAGUUCUCUACCAAGAUUGUUCCAAUUAUGUCCCUUGGGUGAAAAGAGGCCCCGCCCCGGGGGUCCUAAGUUUAACAAAGACUUAUAUAGGAAGAAAAUUUAAAAACUCUUCUUGUCUGAAACUGCAAGGCCUUAGACUUUUGAUUUUUGGUAUCUUGCAUUGCAUUGUGGUCCUUUACCAAGAUUAUUCAAAUUAUGCCUCUUGGGUAAAAAGAGGCCCUGCCCUGGGGGUCCCAAGUUUUACAUAGACUUACAUAGGAAA